GAUGGAAGCUGUCUCCAGUUAUUUUCAAUAACACGUAAUUUUACGGACGCUGUCUCAGUGGUGGAAGAACACUCAGAGCAAACGGACAAACCCUGAGGGAUAGAAGUUUUGCCUCGAUGAAUGAAUCAUUAAAAAGGAGCGGCACUUCUGCACACCUUUGAACAGCAGUAUGAUGCAGGCAGGAGUCUGUCUGAGACAGGAUACUGAGGCAACACUACCAGAGCUCACUGAGCAGCACAGGAUCAGACAGAAAGAAGAGGAACUCGGUGGACUGGAGUCUGUCCACAUGGCAGAGUCAGAGACAGAGUGCGCUGCACCAGGACUCAACACACUGGAGCCAGAGUGUGUUACAGCACACAGCGGGGUCAGUGAUGUACACCACACACACACAUCACUGAUUAAAACAGAAACUCAUCUGGGCUCCCCCCACCCUGGGGAUCUUAUUAAGACUGAGAGCCUAGACAGUGCACAGCUGCGAUGUAUAAGCCAUCUGCAUUCCGACCAGAUUAAAACAGAGUCUGUUGAUGGUGGAUAUGUUAAGGUAGAACACAUCAGUGAAUUACAGGAUAUUAAAUAUGUUCAUAUUAAAUCAGAUCAAAUCAAGUAUGAAUCCAGUGAAUGUUUGGUGAGUGACGUCAUGAAUACUGUGAUGAAUGGAGCUGCUGUUGGUCACAAAGACCAGACUGAAUCAGGGCAAUGUGCAAGAGAGCCAAACCAAAACUGUAAAAAUGAAGAAAUUAAUCAUCUGCUGACCCAAUGUGGGGAUUUAAAUCAUAACUGUGAUAUAAACAAUGAGAAUACUCAGCCCAGAAUUGCCCUACAGAAAAGCACAAACAGUCAGAAAAAACAUAUUGAUAUUCAGGGAACAAAUGUGAUAACUGAACCAAUGAUAAUUAAUUCAAGUAAAAACCCAAGCCUAUUGACUGUUUUUCAUAAGACGACAAUUCAGAGAAAUCAAAGAAAAAUUAAUAUGAGUGAAAAGCGGUACAGGUGUACACAGUGUGACGAGUGUUUUUCUCAGAAAAGUAAUUUAAAUUCCCACAUGAGGAUUCAUACAGGUGAAAAUCCCUACAAAUGUACACAGUGUGAGAAGGGUUUUCGUUCCAAAUCUGAUUUAAAUACACACAUGGGAAAUCAUACGGGUGAAAAAACGUACAAAUGUACUGAGUGUGGGAAGGGUUUUUCCCGAAUGUUUAAUUUAAAUCGCCACCUGAGUAUUCAUACGGCACCCAUGAUGAUCAACUCAAGAAAACACCCAGACCAAUUGAGUUUCUUUCAGAAGAAGACUAUUCGCCAAAAUAAAAGUGAAAUUAAUACCGGUGAAAAGCCAUACAGGUGUACACAGUGUGAGAAGUGUUUUUCACAGAGAAGUGACUUAAAAAUCCACAUAAUGAUUCAUACAGGUGAAAAACCCUACAAAUGUACUGAGUGUGGGAAGUGUUUUUCCCGAAUUACUGUUUUAAAUUACCACAAGGUGAUUCAUUCAGGUCAAAAACCAUACAAAUGUACUCAGUGUGGGAAGUGUUUUACACAGAAAAAAGCUUUAAAUCGGCACAAUAUAAUUCAUACAGGUGAAAAACCAUACAGGUGUACACAGUGUGAGAAGUGUUUUUCACGGAAAAGUACUUUAGAUUCCCACAUAAGGAUUCAUACUGGUGAAAAACCUUACCAAUGUGUGGAGUGUGAAAAGUGUUUUUCACAGAAAAGUGUUUUGAUUUCCCACAAGAGGAUUCAUACAGGUGAAAAACCCUACAAAUGUACUGAGUGUGGGAAGUGUUUUUCCCGAAUUACUGUUUUAAAUUGCCACAAAAUGAUUCAUUCAGGUCAAAAACCAUACAGAUGUACUCAGUGUGGGAAUUGUUUUACACUGAAAAAAGCUUUAAAUCAGCACAAGGUGAUUCAUACAGUUGAAAAGCCCUACAAAUGUACACAGUGUGAGAAGGGUUUUCAUUCCAAAUCUGUUUUAUAUACACAUAUGAGAAUCCAUUCAGGUGAAAAGCCCUACAAAUGUAUUCAGUGUGACAAGUGUUUCUAUGCUAAAUCUAAUUUAAAUACACAUAUGAGAAUUCAUUCAGGUGAAAAGCCCUACAAAUGUACCGAGUGUUGGAAGGGUUUUUUCCGAAUAUUUAAUUUAAAUCGCCACCUGAGUAUUCAUACGGCACCCAUGAUAAUGAAUUCAAGUAAAAACCCAAGCCUAAUGAAUUUCUUUCAAAAGAAUAAAAUUCAACGAAACAGAAGUGAAAUUAAUACAGGUGAAAAGCCAUACAAAUGUACUCAGUGUGGGAAGUGUUUUUUUCGGAAAAGUGCUUUAAAUAGCCACAAGAUUAUUCAUUUAGGUGAAAAGACCUAAAAUUAGUGUAAUCGGUGUUGGAGAUGUUUUAAUAUAAAAUACAAGUUUAAUAUUAAUGAGUGUACAGAUUAAAAUCCCUAAUCUGUAUGCUGUUCAGUGUGAGAACAGGUGUUUAGACUAGUGGAAUUUUCUGGUGUUGAACUAAACAUACUGGAAUUUGCUAUUUGGGCUCACAUUUAUAAUAUAUAUAUAUUUUGCAUAACUUUUUUAUAUAUAUGUAUAUAUAUAUAUAACUUUAAUAUUUAUAUAUAUUAUAUAUAUAUAUAUAUAUAUAUAUAUACGGUAUAUAUAUAUUAUAUAUAUAUAUACAUACACACACAUACAUACAUACAUUUAAUUGGGUUUCUAAACCUUUCUGUUAAUAUUAUGAACAAUUAUAAUUUAAUAUCAAUAUCAUGCAGUUAAGCUGUUUAAAUCUAGCAUAUAUGCUAAAAUUUCCAGCAGUAAAAUUUCUCUGGUGAAAAAACAUGCAGCUUUUCUUCAGACUAAAGCUCCUCAGAGCUUUCUUACGUAAGCACAACUGUAGGGCACUGACUGAAAUUUGGAAGUUUUUCAAUAUUUUUCUUUAAUAACACGUUUGACAAUUUUGUUCUUUAGAAAAGUAAUUCCCUUGUAGUUGGAAGGCUUAGUAUUUUUUGAUGAUAAAAUCGAUACUAGUGUAACUAAAAAAAUAAACAAUAUGAAAACUGUUUGAAUGUACUGUAGAAAGAAAUUAUGUCUAUUGCAAACUUCUAUCCUGAAAAUUAACAGUACUGGCCUUUUCGGUUGUGCUACUGCCAAUGUGGAGGCUUUAAUGUGUAUGUGUGCUCAAGCUACUGUGUAAUUUUUCGUCUUCUGACUGUAUGUUUUACCAGACAUCAGUUGAGGAUCUUUGUUUCACUCUUUAUUAUUUUAUGUUGUUUAUCAACUAUGCAUGAAAUAACACUCUGAAUGUGCUCAGUCCAAGGUCUCUGCCAUGUAAAUAUUUGCUUAAACUCUUAUUUCCUGCAAUGUGUCGUUGCUUUCUCCUUUGCUUUCCCUGUAUAAAUGUUUAUGAAUUCCUCUUGUACAUAACUUGUAACACUAAUUUUACAAUUGUACAAAUACGUUUGAUUCAUAUGGAGUGUGAAUUGUAUUAAUCAUUUUAAACAUUUUUAAUGUGUCAGAACAUGUACACUUUUUUUAUUUUUAAACAAUGAAUGUUUUCCAAAACUCA